UUGCCAAGUGUUGCAUAGAAAGAAGAAGAAGGGAAGAGGAAAAAAAACAGUUAAUUUAGUUUUAUUAGAAUGGAUAGUAAAGAUCAGCUCGCCUCGGAACAGUUGAUACUGUUGUCGUCAGACGACGAAAAUGACGACGACGUGGUGAUCGACUAUCUGAGCUCCAGUAAUCCGCUCAUCCCAACGCCGGUGCUGCCGGGUUUUCCAAAAUGCAAUGAUUCCCCAGCGUCGAAGGAUCCGACGCUGGCAUCCGUAGUCAACCAGUCAUUCCAGCAGCAAAGUCUAAACAACGUUCACAAUUACCACCACAACAACAACAACAGUAACAGCAGCAUCAUUGAGAAGUGCAAUAACCGAGGCAAGCUCAGCGAUAUCGUCAUCGACACGGCAGCUGCCAACAACAGUGACUGCGGCCAACUGCUGCAGCAUCCGACAACAACGACGACGACCGGGAGCAACAGUAGUGUUGCCGCAAGCAACAAAGACAGCAGCACCAACAGUAACCAUCACGUCAACAUGGUGCCAAUCAUCAGCGUGACUCCGCACAGUCCGGGUGCUAAGUACAACUUUCUCGAGGAAACCUUAAACCACUUACAAUGCAUUCGGGAAAGCGUAGUUCAAAUGAAGAACUCCACCAUCCAGAAUACCAAUUUUGGUGGUGCCGGCUUCAUUGGGGCAUCGCAACUAUCCUCGUCAAAGUUGUUCUCAUCCUGUCCAUCGCUACCGGAUCUGACGAUCGCCAACUCGGGCAAUGUUUGGCCCCACCAGCACAUGUACGGUUUGAACACCGACCGACGAAAGUCCUGGACAGCGAUCGAGGAUCUAACGGAGUGUGCGAAGUCUUCCCACAAGAGUAUUAGUCUAUCGAGCUUGGACAGUGAAGAGCAGGAAUCACUGAGAGCUGCCGAACGGUUGCACAACCGUACCAGUCGUAACAGUACUGGGGGAAUAUCGACGCACUCACUAAACGAGGCCGAACUAGCGCGCGACUUUGAGAAAAUCGUCGCCAAACGAAACCUGGCCCCCGCGGUAUGUCGAAUUCCACUGCAGAAAAGUAUCUCGACACCAUCGAUAGCACCUGUCCGUAAUCAAACUGCAAAGGAGGAUACCGCCACACCUUCGAGGCAUCUUUCCGACAGUGAAGAUGAAACCCAUGACGAUCGGUCUUUGCUCUGUGUGAGAGACAAAACCGAGGGCUACACGGACCUACCGGAAAAGCGCAGGAAACGAGGAUCGCUAUUUUUCCGCAAGAAAAAAGACAAGGCCAAAACCAAGGGACAAAAUUCCACCUGCGAUGCGUGUGGCGCAGUCAUCAAUUUGGCUACCUACAAAGAGCAUGCCGUCGAGUGCAAAGCGAAAAUUGCCAAGAAAUAUUUCCAAGUGCAACCCAAAUCCAGUUCAAACAAGAAGAACUCAACCAACAGUGAAAAAAGCGGCAAGAAAAUGACUGGAUGCUACUCUCCGUGGAGAUUGGUCGCUAACAAAUUAGGCGUGGUUUCCACUCACGCUAGCCACAGUUCUUCGCAUCAUGAUGAUCAAGGUAGAGACUAUUACGAUGGCAACAUACAAAAUGACAACUCAAACUACUCGGAUGACACACCGUUGAUACGGGACGAAUUUCUACAUGAAGCGCCGAUCGGUCCACAUGACCUUGGUGCGGAACCCAUUCUAGGUGUGGCCAUCGAUGAGCCCGACUCGUGGAGUCCUAGUGUACCAAAGGAGAUUGUGAAGUCGCUUAAAGAUAAACAGCAGGUGAAACGCCAGGAACACAUCUACGAGUUCAUUAUGACGGAGAAACAUCACUGUGAAACGCUACUAGUCAUGCAAAAGGUUUUUGUCGAGAGCCUCCAGAAGCACUUUAGUCAUCUAAACCUGGAACGAAUGUUUCCACGGUUGCUCGACCUUACCGAGCUGCACACGGGCUUCCUAAAGAAGCUUCGGCUAAAGCAGCGCGAGCGGCACGUCGUGGAUAGCAUUGCUGACAUUCUGUUGGAUUUCUUCUCGGCUAUGUCAGCGCAGAAGCUCAAGUCCGCCUAUGGCGAGUUCUGCUCUAACCAUCGAUCCGCACUGAGCACGUUUAAGUGCUACAUGACCGGGGACAAUACGUUCGCUGAAUGGUACAAACACUGUCAGCAGAAUCCUCUGCUCAAAAAGAAGGGCAUUCCAGAAUGUAUACUGUUUGUGACCCAGCGGCUAACCAAGUAUCCCUUGCUGAUUGACCCAUUGCUCAAGAGUUCCCGGGAGGAUAGGAUCGAACAGGAGAAGCUGCAGAAGGCAAUGCAGCUGGUCAAGGAGAUUCUUGUCGAUGUGGAUGCACGGGUAGCGGACAAAGAGAAAGAGGAUCGUCAAUUAGAAAUUUUCAAACGAAUCGACGCCAAGUCAUAUGCAAUUUUUAAGAAAGAUAAGUUCAAAAAGUCCGAUAUUAUCUCCAGUAAUAGAAAGCUAAAAUUCGAAGGUAUUGCGACGCUGAUGCAGGGCAGAUCCAAAAUGCAAACGGUUCUGGUAGUUGUCCUGUCCGACUGUCUAUUCUUCCUUUUGGAAAACUCUCACAAAUACUCGUUUUUCACUCCUGAAAAUAAGGCUGGAGUGGUUUCUCUGCAGAAGCUUCUGAUCCGAGAAAAAGCUGGCACCGAAUCUAGGGGCAUUUACAUCAUUUCUUCCAACCCGGCAUACCCGGAGAUGUUUGAGCUGAAGGUUCAGAGUCCCAAAGAUAAAAAUGUUUGGAUUCAAUCAAUUAGAGCUGCCGUUCUCGAUUGCCCAUCGGACGAAUCCGAGGCUGAGGAUUACAUGACUGCCGAACAACGCCAAAAAUUAAUAGAUGCUAAGCAAGCCAACAUUCGAGAGAUUAUCUCGAUGGGAACAACCGAACUCGAAGGUAAAAUGAGGCAAAAAGACUUCGAACAGGCGAUCCUGCUAGAGGAAAAGAUCGCUCUGCAGCUGAGCCUGCUGCUGGACAACGAGCACAAUACGGAACAGCUUGGCCCCACGGUAGAGGCAUUCAUCUCCCACUACGGCUCCUACCGGGAUCUGGUUUCGGACGACUGUGAUACGAUAGAGAUUUGGAAGCGCGUGUUGAAUACGAUUCAGGAAAUCAGCAACCUUGCAGCUUCGCUGUACACCGCUGCCACCGGAUUGCCACUGUCGCGAUCCUGCAGCUCGGUGGGUGAGCGGCAAAGUGAAGUUUAUAUCUCACCAACCUUACCAAAGCGGGCAGAAACCUUCGGAGGAUUCGACGAACGACGAUCUAAGCAACAGCAGAGCAUUAUCAACACGUCGCGAGAUGCUGUACUCUCAACCCUAUCGGCCGGCUAUUUUACCAAUCGGGAAAUCUACGAAAAACGCGAGUCCAAUGCAUCGGAGGCGGAAGGUGGCCCGUUCUCGCCAGGGUUGCAACAAGCUCCAAUAAAACUGAAUCCUGAAGGUCCAUCUACCGAACAAGCAAAGGAUAACAGCUAUGCAGCACUCCACGUGUCCCAUCAUCUGCACACUCUUCUCUGCAUUAUCUCUCAGCAGAUGACAACGAUUCAAAGUUUGCAGCAUCAGCUUAACGCUUUUCGUGAGAACCCAAAAAAUAUGUAUCGUCACAAUGAUCAGCUGGAAGAGCUUCGCAAUUUGCAAGACAAAUUGCAGGAAGAGAAAACGGCUUGGCAAAAACAGAAAGAAACUGAAGAACGCGAGUUGGAUGAACAGCGACUAUCGCAAAAAACUCUACAAGAUCAAAUUCGCGCCGAGCAGGAAGACAUCAAGCAGCAGCGAGAGCAACUAUAUCGGAAGAUGGAAAUUUUGUCCAGUCAGGGACUGCUGUUGUCACCGAGUGUUGCCAUUCCUGUAUCGUCUGGAGCGAUGGCAUCGCAACAUGAAGAUCUAAUGGGAGCUGAAGAGUACCAUCUUGAUGGUGGCAUGGCUGGGUUCGGAAACAAUUCCGCUGGCCCUGCGAAUACUACAAUCGAUCGAAGAAAGGAUAAAUGGAGAACGGCCAGCAUUAACAAAGCUCCUCCAGUGAAUCUGGUUAGUGCUACCAAUGCACCAAAGAUUAACGCGUCUGCCAUCAAACAGCAGCUUCCGCUGAAAUUGUCAUCUCUGUCGAGUACCAAACCGAGCUCCAACAACAAUUCUGUUACUUCCCCCAGCGGUAGUAGUCCAAGUCUCAUGAGCAGUGGCAGUGUCGGAGUCACGCAAAUGUUUCCUCUCAAGCUAGCCGAUAAAAAGAUUAGCUCUAGCUUACCAAACCACUCGCGAACGGGUAGCAGUCCCGCGGUAAUUCAGCAGCAGGUACCAGUUCAGCCCGGAAACCCUGCCACAAGAACAAACACUUAUCCCAAAAUUCCGGAACGAUAUCGCCUACGCAGCUCUGACAACUAUCAGCCAUCUCAGCACUACGCUAACACGCAACCGCAUCCACUGGCCUCGCCAACUCCCUCGCAUGCUUCCUCGCUCCGCUCACCGGCAAUUCACGAACAACAUCAGCAGCAAUAUCAACAGCAUCACUUCCACCCGCAGCAUCACUCGAUGCACAGCACGCCGCUCUCGUCGCGGCACUCGAGUCUCCAGUCGCCACCACAGGCCGGGUCGCCUUCAUCUUCCUCGGAUGCCGGCAGUAAUAACAAUACCAGUAACAACAGCCCUGCUAGCAACAAAAAGGACUCCACCAAAGGCAAGGAGGAAGAGGUGAUUUAUUUUUGAUACAUGCCAGUUGAGGUCGAAAUUUAAUCACCUGGAAGUGUUGGACUGGAUCUUGUUGUGCAUGCUGGUCAUCUCGCUGACGUUAUAUGUUGUAAUGAUGAUUUUGCGAUUAAUUUUUCCUACUAUAUGAUCUCUGUUGAACUAUUGUUAGACUUCUGUUCGUUCUAAUUUUCUCUCUAUUGAACUGACACUUCUACAUUUAGCUAGAGAGGUUCUCUGAGUGGGAUAAGUAGAUUUAUGAAUUAUGGCUCAGUUAAGAAGAAAAAUCUGAAUUGUGAGAAUUAAAGUUGUGCGAUGUUUUUAUUUUGUGAAUUUUGCACUAAAAAUCCCACCGGAGCUGACUUUUCCAGACGCUCAAAGUGCUGUGCAAUCUAUUUUCCUCUAGUGACUAUCGUUUGUUAAUUUUACGCUUGCUUUUCGUAAAACGACAUAAGCAAAUCAAUAUGGCCUAUUUUUGAGCGUAGCGAAGUGAGUAUGCUCGAACAUGCACAACCACGGAUUGUAAAAAAAGAAACAAACCACGACAGUAGGUUUUCGUUUGUUACCGAUAAUCGCUUAAUCAACAGAAUAGUUUAUGUUGAUCACACGGGUUUAUCAGAUUAACCACCAUUUCUUUAACACGCACAAACAAAAGCUACAGCUUUCCGAUCAGUACAAUUCGGACGUUUAAAAGUCUACACAAUAGUUUUGUGACUUAUGUGUGUUCCGUAGAAGGACGACAUAUUCUCUGCACCUAGUCGAGCAGAUGUUAAACCUGAAAGACUCGAAUACAUCCAUUGUGUGUAUAUGUAUAUAGUGGUAAUGCUAUGUUUAGAGCUAGAAGAAAAAAAAAACGCAAAAGAAUACAGUAGUUCUUACAAACAGUUAGCAACGCAGCUGAGCGAUGUGUCGAAUUCAUUUUGUUCCAGUUUUCCUUAUGUAGGAAUUCCUAUUCCAAUGUGAUCAAGCUGUUGAUUUUUCUAUAGAGUACUUAUAUAUAUAGCAUACAUACACAUACAUAUAUAUUGAUCGGCAUCAAAGAGAGAGUGUUGCAUUUAUAGGAGUUAGUUUCCAUCGACUAAGCUAUGAUAACACAGCUGCUAUAUUUACCAAUGUACUAUUACUCAUCAAAUUUAACGAGACUGGUAUUUAGAGAGGUAUAAAAAAACAUUACUCACGUGUUACAUAACUACUUUUCGAGAAUCGCUACACACGUCAUGUGAAUAAAUAUUAAUAUCGUAUAAAAACUGCGGGGAAAGAUUCCGGCGGCAUGUCACCACAAGUGUUGAAGUUGUGAUUAAAGGGAGAGAACUAUAAUACACUGAUUUUGAUCUAAAAUCAAAGUUCAACAAUAUCGCAACACUAGAGGCGCACGCUGUCGUCAAUCUUUCCCCCGCAUAACAAGUACAUUUCCAAAACAAGUAAUAAGACUACCCUUGGUUGUUACUUAUCGUUAGUGUUAGUCUAGAGUAAACAUUAAAACAUUGCUUAUCAAAACCGAACAAAAGGGGAAAAAAUGCAAAACAUCUCGACAAUAUAACAUUAACAAGCAUUACCAUUUACUGUAGAGAAAAUAGUUGAAUUGAGCCAACAAAAAAAACAUGUAACCAAACGGGCAACACUGGUAGAUGCGUGUAUUUUGCCCAACAAUGAUGCAGACAGAAAUUACAAAGCUCAAAACAAUCAAUCUUUUUAGACACACAUGUAAGCCAAAUGUUUUCAAAAUUUACUAAUUUCGAACUUGAAUCAAUUGGUGUGUAUGUGUGCGUGUGCAUGCGACCAUGCUUGGGUGUUUGUGAGCGCACCGGAUGGGCAUUAUUUUCGCGAAUUAUGUUGCUUUGCAGGUACGUCAGCGAUCUGCUGUAAUGCCUGCAAGCGGAGAUAUAUUGUAGAAACCUGAGACAAUGAAAGUAUUAAUAAUUUUUAAACUUACUGGUAAAAACACAAUCACACUUACACUUACAGAUACCAGAAAAAGUUACUUAUUUCAAAUAAACUUCUUGACAAUACAAAUGUUCUAUAAAGUAAAACAAAUACGAUACAAAUUAUUGCAACUGCUGGAAAGAAUAGUGUACGAUCGCAGAGAGCUGAGGCAGAGUUAUUCGAAGAAGCUUGUGAACACUAUAGGAACAUAGUUGUAAGUUUGUCUGUUGAAGUAGAUUUGGUCAAUGAAACUAAACUGUAUGUAUGUAUAGAACUGAGCGCAUAUGUUGACUACACAGACACAAGUAUUACCAUUCUGAGCAGCUGAAACACAUUCCCGAAAUCUGUAAAUAUUAGAGACCGGAAACUAUUCAAUGUUCCAGAGAAUAAGUAUUUUUAAAGAAGCUAUGCAGUUAUGUAUAAGAGACAGAUUAUAUAUAUAUAUAUACAACAGUAGUAGACAAACAGUCAUACAGUAUCGACGGAAAGAAGGCAACUCAACAGAAUUUAGAUCUGCUCAACUCUCCUAGGGUAUCAACAUUUGACAAAACUGAUGUCACAAUACUAUAUACACUGUAUGCCUGAUGUGAGUUAACUAAGGUUGAAAAAGAGGGAACUUUCAAGCUGUUCUAUUAUAUCGAGAUUCACGUGGUAACCACGGGAUUUUUCGUAAUUUGUUCAGACCAUUGAACGACCGCUUCACAAAAUCUCACUGCUUUCUAACUCGCUUUGUAAUUGACAGUACGGAUGGCAUAUAUACCCUUCUAAAUCCAUACAUUUGCGCUUAAAUUGUACAACCGCAGGAGAAAAAAAGUUAUUCUUGUUGUUUAUCAUAUGUGGUCGUUGUUGCAUAUGUGGUAGUAGUGACUUAACAAAGGGUAGUUUCCUUUUCUGUGUAUCUACCGCUUAUUUCUUUACUAAUCAGUAACUACUUAACUUGUUUUGUGUUAAGUAAAAUGAUGGUUCAAUUUCAACCUCUUAUAUCCAUAAUUGUACUAGGUAACAGUACAAAGUUAAAACGACGACCUCGACUUUAUUUUAUCGACUUUAUUGUUAUUCUUAAGUACAUUCUACAUUAUUUAUUCAAACCUCGUGAAUUAUUAGUACCUAUACCAACUCGUCUGUCAAACGAUCAGCUCAGCAAUGGCUUACUAAACAACCCGUCGAAAAAAAAAAUGCAAUGUUAUUUGAACGGUUAAUUCAACAAUAAACAUAAAACAUGAUCAGAGCUUGAUUCACUACCUGCCUGGCGACCAGAAUCGCUGCCCGUAGAUUGGUCAAAAACAAAACUUAACAAUUUUAGACAAACGAGAGGAAACAAUCAAGUAUAGACUGUCUGUAAACUAGUUCUUUAUUAUUAUUACUAAUUCUACACACUUAUAAUAUUAUUUAAUCCUAUCUUGAAACGUAAAAAUGUAACGAUUUUACUUAUACAUAUACAAAACACACAACUAUUUUAAAUCGACAGCACUAAUUAGAACUUUCGCCCUAAUUGUGAACAAAAUGACAUACCACAAACGAUCAAAAUAAUGGUCGCAGUGGUCCAAAUCUUACAGAAAAAAAACAACAUGACACGAUGAUAACGUACCAUUAUAUUGACUAUUGUCGACUUCUGUUUACGUACGCGAAGCAUCGCACUUUCGAUGCAUUCCUUUGUCGCUUACCAGCCGAAAUGUCGCCAGCAGUAUCGAGACGAGACUGCGUUUAGCGCAUUAUCAUGUAAACAGACUUCAUUCCUUUCUACGAGUACGAUAUAGUAUACCUAAUCGCAACGAGAACUUAAUAGUUUUAUCUUGCGAAGCAACUAUGUAUUUAAAUAUGUGGAGGAAAAAUAGAAAAAAAGCAUUCUGGCGAAGAUGCGAAGUGUAAUCAACUCAUUCGGCAACCGAAAACAACCACAACUACUGAAAGUGAAUGACAAAAUAAAUAAGCAAGUAUGAAAAAAAAAAUCAAGCAAAAAACAACUGAAACAAAAAUAUAAUGUUAUUCAAAUGUUAUUUCAAUCACUGUUGAAAUGUUAGAAUAAAUUCAAACGAAAGAA